UCUAUUCUUCUUUUCUAUAUUUUUUAUUUUUCUUCUGUUUGUUUGCUGAUGACUGUGGAAGCAGCCGCAUCAGAGCCAGUCGCGACGGCGGUGGCUGAGGCGGAGCGCCCCGAGCCCAGCCCUUCCCACACGCAUGCCGGCUCCAACGGCAACCUGGCUGCUAGUGCCGCAGGUGCAGAGGACACCGACGAUCACCACAGCUACCAGACUCGCAACGUCGCCGAUCUGGUCAUGCUGCACAACCUCAGCGAGGACGGAAUUGUCGAGGCGCUGCAGGACCGGUUCAAGGCCGAUCGCAUCUACUCGUACAUUGGCGAUGUGGUCAUCUCGGUCAACCCGUUCAAGCCGCUGGCCAUCUACUCGGACGAGGAGAUUUUCGCCUACCGAGAUGCCUACAUUGUCAGCAACAAGGCCCCGCACAUUUACGCGCUCGCCAACCGCGCAUACCGCAACCUGCUGCGCACCCACAAGUGCCAGUGCAUUCUCAUCACGGGCGAGUCGGGCGCCGGUAAGACAGAAGCCUCCAAGAUCAUCAUGCAGUUUGUCGCAGUGGUGUCGGGCACACGGCAACAGCAAGUCUUUGAUCAGCAGCAGUCGCAGCAGCGAGUCAAGCUCCAGCACCAGCAGGACAUUGAGCGUGCGCAGCUCCUCCGCCACAGCAUGAUUAUCACAUCCAACACCGACCUCAGCCUCGCGGGCCUCGAUGGCCAUGAUGUGGUCGCUCGUCACAAGAGCCUGGUUUUGGACGGCGAAGCCCACCAGCCCGACCCACACGCGGCACCCAUCACUGCGGCCAGCGCUGCUGCUGCUGCUGGUGUUGUCGUGGCCCCGCCCAGCAAUCCCAAGCGUCGCCCGCCGCCAUUGCUCAACCGCGACGACUCGAGCCAGGAGAGCCACGCCUUCCUCUCGGUGGACGACCUCAACACCACCACGCAGGUGAAGCGUCAACUGCUCGAAAGCAACCCCGUUCUGGAGGCCUUUGGCAACGCAAAGACCUUGCGCAACGACAAUAGCUCUCGUUUCGGCAAGUACAUGGAGAUUGAGUUUAACGUGCGAGGCGACCCGAAGGGUGCGCGAAUCCAGACCUAUCUGCUGGAAAAGUCGCGCGUUGUUCGGCAGCAAAAGAACGAGCGCAACUUUCACAUCUUUUACCAGCUGCUGUCGGGUCUGCCGUCCAGCCAGCUGGAGGCGCUGACCUUGAAGCGUGAUCCUACCACCUACAAGUAUUUGAGCGAGAGCGGCUGCUUUACGCUCGACAAUGCUGACGACGCGCGGGACUUUAAGGCCACCGUGCAUGGUAUGCAGGUGGUUGGCUUUUCCGAGGAGGAAAUUGCCGACACCUGGCAAGUGCUGGCUGCCAUUCUAACCCUCGGCAACGUCGAGUUUUCCUCGAGCGGCAAGCGUGUGGGUGGCGAUGCGGCCUCCGACGCUGCUGCGACAGCCUCGGGUCUCCUGAACGUGGCCACGACCACUGUCUUCCCGUCCGAAGCCGCCAAGCUGCGCGCUGCCGAGGCCGCAAGCGCCAAGGACAAGGAUCUCCGGCCAGUGCUGGCCACGGCCGACACGUUUGCCACCGUUUGCAAGCUGCUCGACGUUUCCGAGAAGGACUUGCUGAAUGCACUCACCUUCCGCACCAUGACCGUCGAGGGCCAGACCAAAGAAACGUACAGCAUUUCGCUAUCAGUGGCGGAUGCGCACGACACACGCGACGCACUGACCAAGGCGCUGUACAUGAAGCUCUUCUCGUGGCUUGUCGAUCGCAUCAAUGCCAACAUGCAAUGGAAGUCAAACCGCGUGCGUGACGGCAAGAAGCUCAUCAUUUCCCUGCUCGAUAUUUAUGGCUUUGAGAUUUUCCAGUCGAACGGCUUUGAUCAAUUCUGCAUCAACUAUUGCAACGAGCGUCUCCAGCAACUCGCCAUCCACCUCACCCUUGAAAGCGAGCAGCGCGAGUAUGCCGAGGAAGGCAUUGCGUGGGUGCACAUCGAGUACUUUGACAACCAGGCCAUUUGCGCCCUGAUUGAAAAGAAGCCCGUGGGUGUCAUUACGAUUCUCGACGAGGAAUGCCUCCUGCCCGACAAGACCCCGAACACGUUUGUUCGCAAGCUGGGCGAGAACUGCAGCAGCCAUCCCCACUUUGCCUCCCACAAGAUCUCUGGUGGUAACUCUGAGUUUACGCUGCGCCACUACGCUGGCGAUGUCAAGUACCUCGCCAACGACUUUUUGCGCAAGAACAAGGACUUGCUCUUCAACGACCUCGUGUCUUUGCUGCGCCAAAAGUCAAAUUCGCGCAUCAUUAGCAAGCUGUUUGCCGAGCAAGCUGAGCCUGCUGCGGCUGUUGCCAACGCCGCAGCCACGGCUGGCGCGUCUUCGCUCUCCAACGCAGCCGCUCCGGGCUCCCCGCGCGCGGAUGUCGACGGCGCUGCUCCCAUGUCGCCUGGCUUUGGUACGCACACGGCAAAGUAUGCCCCGGGCUCUGCGCUGGCCGCGUCCAAAUUCCGCGAGCUCGACGCUGCCUCAGCCGCGUCCUCCAAGCACAACAGUCCGGCCAAAUCGCCCCAGCAAUCAGCCCGCGCCUCCCGCACGUCUGUUGAUAUGGGACAGGGCAAGUUGCCUCUGGGCUCCACGUCCACGGCAGUGAGCGCAGCCGCUGGUGCGUUCGGAGGCUCGCGCCGGCGACCAGAAACGCUCGCAGCGCAAUUCCGCACGCAGGUGACCGCCCUGAUGAAGACGCUGGCCGAGAGCUCGCCCCACUAUGUCCGCUGCAUCAAGCCCAAUGACACCAAGUCGCCCGGUGUUUGCGAUGUGGUCUUGCUGCGCAACCAAACGCGCUACUUGGGUUUGCUGGAAAAUGUCAAGGUGCGUCGCGCCGGCUAUUGCUUCCGUCAGUCGUACCGGGCCUUCCUUGGUCGCUACAAGAUGGCUUGCCCCGAUAUUUGGCCAGUGUACGUUCCUGGAGGCAGCGGGCCCGUCCCGGCGGAUGAGCACCCACGCGACAAGCGCGCGCAAGAGCAUCGCCGCGCUGCCGCCCUUGCUGCGGUGCUCGCAACAGGUCGCACGGCUGCCGAGCUCGACCGCGAAGCCGUCGAGCGACUCAUGCUUCACCUCGAUAUUGCACGAACCGAGUAUGAGUUUGGCAAAACCAAGAUUUUCAUCAAGGAGCCCGUCACGCUUGUCAAGCUGGAACGGAUUCGCGAACGCCAUCUUGGUUGGACGGCUACCCUCAUUCAGACGGCCUACCGCGGCUUUGCUGCCCGUCGUUGGUACAAGCGUGACCGCUCGACGCGGCUGGUGCAGACCGUUUGCCGCGGGUUUUUGGCCAGGCUCCGCGUCAAGCGCCUUCGUGCCGCCAUCGCCCUCCAGACGGCGUGGCGACGAUGCGCUCAACUUCGGUGGUACAAGCGUUACCGCGCUGCCACCGUGCUUGCUGCCACCUUCCGCGGCCACCGCGAUCGCAAAGAGUACAAGAAGUUUUGUGCAGCGCGCUCGCUGCAGUCGACGUGGCGCAUGUUCCGCGAUCGGGUCGUGUUCCUCAAGGUUCGCACCCAAUUGCGCGCUACUGUUAUGCUGCAAAAGCACUUCCGCGGCUACCAGGUGCGCAAGAACUUCCACAAGAUCAAGGCGGCGGCCGUCAUUCAACGAUAUGUGCGCCGCUGGCUCUUCCGACGCACGCUCGCUGCCACAUUCAUCCAAAAAUCGUGGAAGAUGGUUCGUGCUGUGGCUGCCUUCCGUCGCACGCGCCGCAGCAUCCUCCUCAUCCAGGCCGUGUAUCGGUUGCAUCGUGCUCGGUCCGCCGCAAUUGUCAUCAGCAAAGUUUGGCGUGGACAUCGCGUUCGCGCUCGCGUGGCCAGGUGGCGCACUGCGCGCAACAAGAUUGUGCGAUUUUACCGCAUCUCCCGGUCACGCAAGUACUUUGUCCAAUUGGACCACGCGUUUGGCCAGUCGCUGCCGCGCACCCCGUUGCCAGCGCCGCCGACCGUCAUGAAAUCGUCCUGCACAGUCCUCCGUCUCGAAUCUCGCUGGCGCAGCGCAAUCGCUCGCCGUUAUAUUGCCGCCCUCACACAAGAGCAAGUGGACAUUUUCCGCAAAAAAGCCCUGGCAUCCGACAUCUUCCUCGGCCGAAAGGAGAACUACAGCCUGUCCGUCAAGCAUCCCUUCCAGAGCGAUUACUUGCAGCUUGACAACCCGUUGCAAAAGCACACCAAGGGUUGGCGCAAGCUGGCGUUUGGUGGCAUUCUCGAGCAAAACAUGAUCAACACCGAACUCAUGUUCUCGGAUCAUGUCAACAAGCUCAACUCCAAGUUUUCGGUCGACCCCGCUACCAUCAUUGUCACGCGCGACACUCUGUACCGAUUGCACCCCAAGAACUUUAAGCCCAAGACCAAAAUGCGCCUUGUGGAUAUCAAGUUGCUUGCUCUCAGUCCAUUUGCUGAUGAUUACGUUUUGCUGAGCACUCAUGAUUCGCAUCUCAUUAUUGAUUGCAAGCGCUAUGUCGAGCUUGUCACGGUCCUCUCGACCCUUUAUCGCAAGAUCAAGAACGAGCAUUUGCCAGUUUCAUUCACUACUCGCGAGGAUUUUAGCGCCGAUGGCCAUAAAUGGACGGUCAGCUUUAUGGCUGCCGAGAAAAUCACCGAAUCCAAGGUCACAAUUCUCGAAAAGAAAAACCACGUGUCGAUUCAAUGCCCCGUGCGUGCGUCGGCAUCGUCGUUUAAUCUCUUCCUCAAUGCGGCCGCAGCAACGGUUGCCGCUGGCACUGCUGGCCCCUCAAGCGAGGGUGCUGGUUUGACGUCGCCAAGCAGCGCACGCACUCUACAUGCUUGAUUCUGCUUUUUGUGGGUGUUUUAUGCGCUAUUGUAGUCGUUGUAAUGAUUGCUGUUUUUUUCUUGUUUUUUUGGUGCAAACAAAAUCGCUUGUUUGUUUUUGUUGUUAUUCGAACAAAUUAGUUGUUUCAUUUGUCUCGCAAUUUCUUUCGUUGUA